AUGUCAUUCGCACCUAGAAUACUGAUACGGCCUUGCGCUUCUUCCAGGCGAGCAGCUUUACAGCGAUUCUCAUCCUCGUCAACCACAACCUCAUCAACAUCAACAUCAACAGCAACAGCAACAGCAACAGCAACAGCAACAGCAACCUCGUCAUCAUCGUCAACUACCUCUACGUCUGCACCACCUCCCUUAAUAGCUUCAUUGUUACUAUCAAGAACACCAUUAUUAACACCUGCGCCAAGUGAACUUGAACAAUCAUAUUACUCACAUUCUCGAGCUAUUCAACAUGCAUUAUCAACACCACUUCCAACCGAUUUUUAUUUCAAAUCAGGUUCACUACCACUUCGAAGAUUCUUAAAAUCAGAAUAUGAAUAUUCGAAUGAAAUAUACGGUGAAAGAUUGGCAGGUAAACAACCUGAUGUAGGUGAUAUACCACCUGAAACUGAAUAUGAGGUUCUAUCAAGAGAUCAUUGGCAAAAGCAAAGUUCAGAAAUAGAAAAAGGGGACAAAAGUUUAGAAAGAUAUCCAGAACAAGAAUUAUAUUGUUUAGUGAAAAAUGAAUCUACGAAUAAAUGGAUAUUCCCUCAAACGGAUGUUGAAAGAUUAGAGAGUUUAGAUGAAGCUAUAAACAAGAAGAUUAUCGGUGUUGAUGGUAGUUUGGAUGGUAAAGGUAUGGAUAGUUGGCUGGUCACUAGAAAACCUGUAGGAGUUGUCAAGAAGGGUGAACAAAGGACAUUCUUCCUUCGAGGUCAUAUCCUUGCCGGUCAACCGACACUUUCAUCCUCAUCAGGUUACACAUCGCACGCGUGGCUGAAUGCAGAGGAGGUAGAAGAGAGACUGGGGAGUCAAGGAGAUGAGAAAUUAUGGGAAAGUAUAAAAGGAAUGUUCGGAAUGAGUGAUGAUCUCGCAAAUGAUCUAUGA